AUAUACUGUAUUUUUCGCUCCAUAAGACGCACCUGACCAUAAGACGCGCCUAGGUUUUAGAGGAGAAAAACAAGAAAAAAAAUAUUCUGAACCAAUGGACUGCAGACACAGUACAGGAGAUGACCAGAGACUGCGGACACAGUACAGGAGAUGGACCAGAGACUGCACACACAGUACAGGAGAUGACCAGAGACUGCGGACACAGUACAGGAGAUGACCAGAGACUGCAGAUACAGUACAGGAGAUGGACCAGAGACUGCACACACAGUACA